AUGUCUAGCGAGAGAAAUGCACCGCCAAGCGCGCGCAGCAUGGGUGUGUUUGCUCGAGUUACCGAACCGCUGAAACUGGCGAUGGGACGGAUGCGGGGAUACACCCUACAGACCGAACAGGCCCUACACCGGUGGAACAGCCGCGAAGAAGAUCCGGUGCCGAUGAAACUCUGCAGCCUUUGUUCAGCGCUGAACAUUGAUCGUCUUUGGAACCUUGAGGGUGACUGGUCUCACCCUAUGACGCACCAGCCCAGUUUUCCUGCGCUGCAAAAAUCGGCAGAUGAUGGAUGCGAAAUGUGCUUAAUGUUUUUAGAGUGCGUGUCUCUCGAAUACUGCUACGAGAAUGGUUGUUCUAUCAACCAGUGCCACCAAGUCUUCCGAAAGGUCUCCAGACAGGGAGAGUCGCCAUGUUUGCUGUCAGCGGACAAGUGGGCCAAUCAGAUACAUCGCAUAGAUUAUGCGAUCGCAGACGAGUACUCAGCGGGUAAUAUGACGUGGAUCAACAGGUAUUAUACAAGGGCAGGGUUUCUUCUCAGUAGCUAUCUUGGUAACGACGAGAGCCGUAUUCGCCGGAGAGAGCUGGACAUAUCCCCCAACUGGAAGAUUGCUCGCAAAUGGAUCGACGAAUGCACAGAGAAACAUUCGAGAUGUUAUUCGUAUACAAAAGACACGGAGAGCCGAACCGAACGCGACAAUCAGGCCGCACAAGAAACAGAGAUGAGAGAGCUUCCUCAAUUGCCGACACGAGUGAUUGACGUAUCACCCGAAGGUAGUUCGGAGCCACGUCUCUGCAUAUCUGAAGGUCGCCGGGCAGAAUACGUGACGCUCAGCCAUUGCUGGGGCACCACAAAACCUUUGGUGACAACCUCUGCCGAUCUACCAAACCAUCUAGUAUCUAUACCCUCCUCAAGACUUCCACGAACAUUCCAGGAUGCGAUAAGGGUCACACAAGAACUGGGAUACAAGUAUCUGUGGAUAGACUCUCUCUGUAUUGUUCAGGAUUCGUUGCAAGAUUGGGAACGGGAGUGCAAAGAGAUGGCUCAGACAUACCGCAACUCUGCAGUGACAAUCUCUGGUUCUGCCGCAGCCAACUGCUCCGACGGCUUCUUACAUCCUCGACCACCGCCCACACCCGCACCGUACCUAUGGGAGUAUGAAGAGAAUACCGGAACAAAAAAAUGGGCCACUUUGAGGCAUGCGAGUGGGAGUGUAGAGUACCCAUAUUACAACAACUUAACGGAGGCAGAACGGAAUUCUCCUCUCAAAAAACGGGGCUGGAUCCUUCAAGAGCAUCUGCUUUCGCCACGUCUGCUUUUUUUGGGGCGCUACCGGAUGUAUUGGGAAUGCAAUCAGACCACAAAGUACGAGGAUUUCCCCGAUUACGAUGCGAAUGUAUAUGGGGACGACAGAGGGAGGGAUCACACACAUUGUUCGAUAACCAAAUUUUCCAUGAAGAGACUGGAUUUCACAAAGACACCUGAAGAUUGGAGAUUAUGGUACAAGAUAGUAGAGGAGUACACGACGCGAAAACUGACAAAGGCGGACGACGUAUUACCAGCUCUUUCCGGCAUAGCCAGCUGGAUGUUCAGCGGAGAGCAUGACCGCUACGUGGCCGGCAUCAUCAAGCAGGCUCUUCACGAAGGGUUGGCGUGGUGGACUUCGCAAACCUCAGGCGAUCGGCCGCCCGGAUAUCACGGUCCUUCGUGGACCUGGAUCUCGACUAAUUCUCCGGUGUCGUUUUCGUCAUACGCGGAAUUACCUAUGAGUGACACAGAUGACUACCUCAAGGCAGACUCUAGAAGGAUACGAAUUUCGAACGAAGCCAAAAAGCUGAAGCUUGAUAUUGAAAGCACCGACCUUGAGAUACAAGGCCUCGACCCUUUCGGACAAGUAAAGUUUGCCUCGAUAAAGCUGAGAGGGAAACUUCUGCCCGCCAAAGUGACUUAUUUUUCCAAUCCCAACAAAUUCUUUCACGUCGAGUUUUCCGAUGACGAUCGGUUUUUCUGGAAUGACUUCCGGCCUGACAACUACGCUUCGUGGUGCAGUCUCGCUUCAGAAAAGUGGCAGAGCAGCGCGGCAAUACUAAAACGACGAAAGAAGCGAUCCAACAGACCCGAAGAGACCAGGAUUGAGCUUGGCAUCACUGUUGAAUGUCUAGCUGUUGACCUAGGUUAUUCGGAAUGGGUUGGUCUGGCCGUAGAGCCGUUCAGUUUCGGUCAUCCAGCGUCUUCUCAGGAUAAUUCCGAAGGCGAAACUUACAAAAGAUAUCGACGGAUUGGGUUUAUCCAUGGCAAGGUUCGGCGGAGUGAUGAGCAUUUCUAUAAUGCUCCAUGGGAGCGGAUAGAACUUGUCUAG